GUCAAGCUCUGACUCUAGGUACAUUUCGGUACAGAGAUCAAUCAAGUAUAGGAUUCACAGUUAUCUUCGUACGUCUUUCGGAACCGCUUGGCUUUUGUGCGUCUUCGAAUUGACACUGCCCAAUUCCUGAUUCAAGAAAGCGCGAGACUAUCGUGACGGCAAAUUGCCAACAACAACAACAACAACAUGAGACUAGCCAUUGCUGUUUCCUUUUUGCUCUUAUGGAGCACCGCAUCGUCGUUCGGAACCCCGGCCAAAAACCAAAGUGAUCGUUCAUCCUGGAGAGCGACGACGAGAUUAUCCCACUCGUCUCUACUCGGGUUCACGUCCUCUCGCCCGUUUGCGUCGUUCGGUCUUCGGGGUGGGGGAACGCCAUCAACCUUGACCUCGGCCUUGCAUCUGUCGUCGUCUUCGACUAGCAGCGAUCGCUUGACGGACGAGAAUCUGGCCCUUUUGUCGCCACGAGGACGGAACGCCUUGGAGCGUCUCGUGGAGUACGACACGGAUGGCGCACAGCAACACGUAUACGGACACUGGCCCCCUCCCGGACUACACGACUCCGACAAACAACGUCUGGCCGAACAAUUGGCUGAUUUGGAAGAAUCCUAUCCUGGAGGCUUACCAGCCUACCUUUCCAAAGCCAAAGUGCUGUUGCGAGAAUCUGCUGAAGGACUCAAUCCUUUCGAUGAAUACGAAGCCGUCGUGCCGCAAGGCGAAUCCCUCAGCUACGACAACGAACCAGCCACCAGCACCAUGGCUUUUGCCGACGCGGAACAAGCUGGCCUCGACGUCUGCGGUACCGCCGUUUUUGUCCUCGUUGCCGGCGGGUUGGGUGAACGCCUUGGCUAUUCCGGUAUCAAACUGUCACUUGAGACUAACCUGUGUACCAACAAGUCGUAUUUGGAAACCUAUGUGCGCUAUAUACAAGCCAUGCAGUAUACAGCUCGGCAACGGACGGGCAAUGAACAGUUGAGAAUCCCACUCGUCAUUAUGACUUCCGGAGAUACAGAUCCCUUGACACGACAGCUCCUCGAGGACAAUAAGUAUUUCGGCAUGGACAUUGACAUGGUUACUAUUGUCACGCAAGACAAGGUGGCGGCUUUGAAAGACGGCGCCGCCGGGUUGGCCCUGGACGACAAAGAUCGAUGGACCGUGGAGACGAAACCACACGGGCACGGCGACGUACACCACCUUCUGUACCGCGAGGGGCUUGUGGAUCAGUGGCAGGACCAAGGCAAAACUCACGUGGUCUUCUUGCAAGAUACCAAUGCUUUAGUGAUCAAUUCUGUCGUUCCGGCCUUGGGUGUCAGUGUCACCCGCGGCUUUCACAUGAAUUCCAUUUGCAUACCGAGACUGGCGGGUGAAGCAGCGGGUGCCAUUGCUCGGCUCGAACACAAAACGGAUCCCAACAAAUCACUAGUGAUUAACGUGGAAUAUAACCAAUUGGAUCCGUUGCUGCGCACUCAAGGUGAUGGCAAGGGAGAUGUUGCCGAUCCGGAAACGGGAUAUUCUCCCUUUCCAGGAAACGCCAAUAAUCUAAUUAUUGAACUAACGGCGUACGGCAAAACGCUGCGUGGGGAGGACCAGGGUGUUGUGCUGGAAUUUGUCAAUCCAAAAUAUAAGGAUGCCAGUCGGACCGAAUUCAAAAAGCCGACACGUCUGGAAUGUAUGAUGCAGGAUAUUCCAAAGCUCUUCCAAAAGGAAAUGGGCGCCGAAGCGAACAUUGGGUUCACCUUGUUUGAUCGAUGGUUUACCUUUUCGCCAGCCAAGAAUGCUUUGGAUGCUGGCCAAGACGCUGUCGAGGCCGGAAGUACGGCGCCCGGUACCAUGUCGAGUGCAGAAUCGGAUAAGUAUAUUCAGAACCAACGCAAGCUGGCUUCGCUCGGCGUCAAGGUUCCAGUCACGAUGGCGGACGAUUUAGUCGUCGUGGGGGGCAUUCCGGUGACGCCCGGUCCACGGAUUGUUUUGGGUUCAGCCUUUGGUAUCUCACAAGAAGCAUACCGGGAGAAGAUUCAGGGGGAGAUGGAACUCACGCAGCGAUCCGCGCUCGUGAUGGACGGACAUCACUUGACAAUUAAGAGUUUGAAAGUGGACGGAGCUUUAGUGAUUCGGACGGGCAAAGACACGUUCGUCACAGUCGAUGGUUUAGUGGUCACAAAUAAGGGAUGGGAGCUGCAAGAGUUGGAUCCUGAGCAGAAUUAUCCGGAACACGUAGCGAUUCGGGGCUACACCAUGACCAAACACGAGACUACCGAGUAUCUUCUCGAUGAACCCGGCCACUUUGUCAUCGAUGCUUCCGGAAAUGUGCAAAAGGCGGCAGAGUAA